AUGGAGCUGGCGGAACAGAUUGACGAUUCGGCAUUCUGCACAAUGAAUGACGAAGACCCCACCAGAGUUAUGGAUACCUUUAAUAGCUCGCCCGAUGUUACCAUUGCUAAUGGUGGUCUCAUAAGUAGCAUAGCCUGGCGACGUAUGCUAACUCUCGCAUCAAACCAUUUGCUCACAAUUUUCUCGAUCGAGAAACCUCCCGAUUUUGUUUCUGUUGUCAACCGCUCCUUCGUUAACUUUAACAAAGCUAACUGGGACGGCUUCACAGAAUUUACUGAGAGCACCUUUAACGCUCUACCCAUUCCUACGGACGUAUGCGUUGGCGAACGUCGAUUCCGCAAGGUGAUCGCAGCAGCUACCGCUCGCUUCAUCCCGGCCGAAGCAGCCGUUUUAGCUAAUGAGCGCGACACUUUACGCCGUGCCGAUCCCGGGAAUCCCCGAAUAAGGGAUCUCAAUUUGGAGAUUCGGCGUAUGGUAAAUCAACAUAAGCGG